UUUGAUCGGAUGCUCAUGGUUUUGAUUUCUUUGUGAGUAACUGUAUAUAAAAAGUCCCACAUUGACUGUAAAUGAGAAUUUAACCCACACCUAAGCCUAUAAAUAUGGCCCCUCACCAUUUCUUUUCAUCUCGAAAUUUGUAUUCCUUCUCUAUUAUAAAGGGUGGUUGUUUACUCAAUCUUGCCCAAGUUGUAAUUUUGAAGUCCAACAAAUAAUUAGUGGUGCUUGGAGACAUAGCAGCUAUGAUAAACUCUAAUUAUUAUUAUUAUAAUAAUAAUAUAACAAUAAGAGACCAUCAUCAACUUCAUCAUCAUCAUAAGAUUUCAAAGAAGGCUAUUAUUACUAUUAAUAAUAGUAAAAUAAUGAACGUGGCAACUCCUCCAAUUAUGCCGAAAACUUCGCCGGUCCCACCACCUCUACAGCCGCCGGAGAAGAAGAGCCUUCGCCGUGAAUGGAGCGGCUCCGAUCAUCAUGUUGCGUGGACCAGUGUUCGCCAAGAAAGAUGGGAAGGAGAGCUUCUUGUUGAUGGAGAUAUACCACUAUGGCUGAAUGGGACGUACCUAAGGAAUGGUCCUGGCUUGUGGCACAUAGGAAAUUACGAUUUCCGCCACUUAUUCGACGGCUACGCCACUCUCGUCAAGCUCAACUUUCGAGACGGCCGCCUUAUUGCGGGCCACCGCCAAGUAGAAUCUGAUGCCUACAAGGCAGCUAAGAAGAAUAACAAGCUUUGUUAUCGCGAGUUCUCUGAAACACCCAAAACUGAUAAUUUUUUGGCGUAUAUAGGAGAACUCGCGAAUCUCUUGUCAGGCUCAUCGCUCACUGACAACGCUAAUACUGGCGUUGUCAAGUUGGGCGACGGCAGAGUUGUCUGUUUGACAGAAACUCAGAAGGGUUCGAUAAUUAUCGACCCUGAAACACUUGAGACUGUUGGGAAGUUUGAGUAUAGCGACUCUUUGGGUGGUUUGAUCCACUCGGCGCACCCUAUUGUGACGGAGACGGAGUUCUUGACUUUGUUGCCGGACUUGAUUAGCCCCGGUUACUUGGUGGUGAGGAUGGAGCCUGGGAGCAAUGAGAGAAAGGUGAUUGGUAGAGUGAACUGCCGUAAUGGGCCGUCCCCGGGAUGGGUCCACUCAUUCCCGGUGACGGAACACUACGUAGUGGUACCCGAGAUGCCACUGAGGUAUUGUGCUCAGAAUCUACUCAAGGCUGAGCCAACACCUUUGUACAAGUUUCAAUGGCAUCCUGAAUCUAAAGCCUUCAUGCAUGUGAUGUGCAAGAGCAGUGGCAAAAUUGUGGCGAGUGUGGAGGUGCCGUUGUUCAUAACAUUUCAUUUCAUAAAUGCUUAUGAAGAGAAAGAUGAAGAAGGAAGAGUUAGGGCAAUAGUAGCAGAUUGUUGUGAGCAUAAUGCUGAUACCACAAUUCUUGAUAAACUUACUCUUCAUAAUCUUCGCUCUUAUAACGGCCAACAUGAUGUUUUACCUGAUGCCAGAGUGGGUAGGUUCAGAAUUCCAUUGGAUGGGAGUCCAUAUGGGAAGCUUGAAGCAGCAUUAGAUGCCAAUGAACAUGGGAGAGGCAUGGAUAUGUGUAGCAUAAAUCCAUCUUACUUAGGCCAAAAAUACAGAUAUGCUUAUGCUUGUGGUGCUCAACGCCCAUGCAACUUUCCCAACACCAUUACUAAGAUUGAUUUAGUAGAGAAAAAGGCUAAAAAUUGGUACGAGGAAGGUGUAGUACCUUCCGAACCAUACUUCGUGGCUCGACCAGGAGCAACAGAAGAAGAUGACGGUGUAGUAAUAUCGAUGAUUAGUGAGAAAAAUGGAGGUGGAUACGCAUUGUUAUUGGAUGCAUCUACCUUUGAAGAGAUUGCAAGAGCAAAGUUUCCCUAUGGUCUUCCCUAUGGACUCCAUGGCUGCUGGGUUCCAAAUCCAAACAAAUAAAUUAGCUUAUAUAUAUACACAAUAGAGUUCAUCAGAAGUUGAAGAUUAAUUUGUUCUAGCUAGAUAUAGCUAAGGUAGAUGAUGGGUAAACUGCAAGGGCUAUAAAUAUAUACAGAUAUAGAUGUAAUUAUAUGUGGAAAUUGGGAUGUGUUUAUACAUGUAACAAUUUAUCAUGUAUGGUGUGGGAUAUUGAAUGAGAGUGAAUGUACUAUGAUUUUGGUUCUUUUUGUUUUGUAUACAUAAAAUAAUAAUAAAAGCUUUCACU